AUGGAGCAACGGGAGUCGCAUGAGAUGCACAGCGUCAGCGAGGAGACCAGACAAGCAAAUGCGAGUGCACCAAAGGUCCCGGAAACUACUCACGAGCCCAUGUACACGUCGAGGCUGUCGAGAGCGUCUUCCAUGACCGUUCGCGAGCCCAUCGUCAGGACCCUCCACACUUCGUUCUGGCCGCUGAUGGUCUUCAUCUUUUACGCUACACUCGCCCUAUUUACCUGGAUCGUUCUUUGUGUCGCGAGCAGCCGGCCGAUUGGAAGCAAGUUAAGCUAUACGGAUAAUCAAGACUACUUUAAAGAUGUAGCUCGUCUCUUGGCUAAACACGAGAGGAUCCUUAGGGCUGCACAGAUCCUGCAAUCGGUGGUCGCCCUACUCACCAUUCCCAUCACUUCAGCGAUAUGCUCUAUAGCCUUCGCUGCCUAUAUCCAGGCUGGCAGCUCGAGAACGAAGUUGAAUCUGCGUCAGACUAUGGCGCUUGCAGAUCAAGGCUGGAUCAGCCCAAGAAUCACACAGUCCGGUCUGAUUAGGGUCGCUGAUAUACCUGCUCUAAUCAGCAGCACCGACAAUGACAUAAAUACAGCAGUUGUUCGACUCCGUAGCAUUCUAGAAUCGCGCGCGGAAAGAGAACAUGAGCCUUACCUCUGGAUCGAUGAACAGAAGGAUGGACUGGAUAAUGACAUGUGUUACGAUACAUUCAGUGUGGCCACCAAUUGUAACCGCUUCUCGAGGAGUCUUUAUCAACUUGAUGAGAUGAGCUUAGAUGCCUGGUUCUCACCCGUUCCCUUGGACUUCAGCACCGGUGUCUAUGUUGACCCUCAGUACGCACCGCGCCUCAAUACCACAAUUGAAUACAGGAACAUGACAGACGCUGAGUGGCCAACCGAAUGCGUUCGCGACAGAGAAGAUGUAUUUUUCGCACAAUACCGUGGAGGAGAGACGGGAUACCGGGAGUUCGAUAUAAUAGCUUGCAUACCCGCCAAUAUCUCUGGCACGCCUUGGCAAGCUACGUACAACCGGCAGGACAUUACCGAGGAUCUUUUCCUCGCAAUUUCGGUGCCUUCAAUGUUACGCACUCCUGUUAUGUGGAAAAUCACCGCCCGUUCGACGUUAGGCUACUUCGAACUUCCUAAUACCAAGAACGGCAAUCGCGCCGGGCCGUUACUCCAUAAGCUAUCCUUGGACAGCGCUAGAGGCUCUUCAACCAGCGGAUCCAGUCGAGAUGAGAAACGAGCAACCAACGAAACAUACGCAGGAAAUGUGAGACAACCCAUUGGAAAUCACAUCGGUCCGCUGACUGCUAUUGGACUGGCACUAUUCGGCGAAGGCUCUUUCAUCGAGAGAAGAGUUUCAAAUCCAUCCGCCUUCCUUGUAGAUCGGCCUGAGGUCGAUGAUGAAGUAUGGUUCAGAAAUUUCGGCAACAACUGCCUCGGGAAUAUGCCUCUCAACUUUGCCAUAGGGGGCCCGUGCCUCCGCGACUACGACUACCAGUCCGAAGUCGACGUCCUUGGCCGCGUGAGACAACUAGCCGCAUUCUUUGAUUCGGAACGUUCUGCAAGUAGGGCGUUCACUGUGGCCGCUUUCCUCGCCAACAAGGAGUGGCUGAACCCGAGCCAAUUCCACAGAUGGGGAGGAUUCGACCAAUCGCGGAAUGUAUAUGUCGAUACGGGCGUUCCAACCAAGAAGACAUAUAUCGCGCUUUGGGGGGUCAUCACCGGGUCCGUUUUCCUCGGCCUUCACCUUCUCGGAUUACUAGUGCUUGCCCUGUACGCCUUUUGGAUGAGGCCUUUCAUGCCUUGGUUGGGUGCAGAAUUCGUGGUCAAGGCUGGUACGGCACAUGCUGAUAUUCUGAGCGCUGCCGAGGGGGACAAGCAGUGGAAGCAGACUGUUGCUGCGUGUCCAGGGUUCGUCGGGGACGAGAAACCCACGGAUGAUGUGGGUCGUAUCGCAUUUGGCGCUACUGCUGCCUUGAGCAGAACACGGGGCAAGAAGUUUGAGGAGCUAUAG